AUGGGCCCGUCCCCCAAAGAGAACUCCUUCAAGACCGUGACGACCCCCGUUGAGAUCAAGUACCGGUUGUUGUUUAUGUACAGUAGCACCGAGCCAGAUACUCUUCGUCCAGUGCAAGAAGACGACCGCGAGGUGGCGGCCAGGGAUUACGUCAAGAUGGCUCGCUGGGACUACCGCAGUGGUAACAGGAGUCCAAGUCAAGUGUUUUUUCUGCCCCCUGAAUCAAAUUGCGCUGAGCGCGGGAACAACCCCGCCAUCCGGUAG